GCUAAGAAGUAUUUUCAAUCCAAUAACCCAGAUCCAUGAUGUAUUUAUUUUUGCAAAUUCACAUCUCCUUGUAGUCAACAAGAAAUUAUUGUCUGCAUUUUGUGGUGACCAUCAUUUUUGGUAGCAAGCAAAGUGUGAACUAUUGACAUUUAUGAAACAAGAUAAAUAUGGAAGACAACAGACAAGUUAGCCGUCCAAUUUAAUUUUGCACUGUGAUUUACCUCUACAAAUGAAAUCCCCCUCCAAACAAGAGCUUAUAUAACUGAUCUGGCCUUAAAAUAAGUGCAGUCAAUCCUUUCAAACAUUAAUCAUAGUAGUUUUUUACCAACCUAAUCUUGUCUCAGGCUUACCAUAGGUUGUUAGAAUGUCUGCAAAGUUGACUUUAAUUCUAUUUAUCUGAUAAUUAUCAUGGAGGUAACACUUUAAGCAUAAAGUAAAACACAAAGGGCACAACGUUGUUAUCUCCAAACAGUAGUGCAGAUUCUCACAGCCAUAAAAAGUGGAGUCCUGCAAGGUGUAAAUGUUGUAAUGGCAGUAACUUUUUGAAAUGGGUAGCAGUCAAAAAAGGCAAAUGAAUUUGGAAUUGCAGUGGAGAAUCAAAUGAUAAAUUGAUUUGCAGAGGUGGGGUCAUCAAAUGGGUUAUUUAUAGGAUAACCAGUCGCUAGCAAUUGCUGCACAAGCAGGAAUGUUUUCUUUAUACAUACAUUUUUUGGGCUAGUUUUAUCAACAACUUUUGAAUUCUAAGAGUGAAGACAUAAUGCAGACAAUAGCUGAGAUGCCUUCAAGAUUUGACGAUUCAAUAUGAUUUUAGUGGUGGCAUCUAUUCUACAGCUACAACUAUGUUUGAUAAUACUUUCUGUGGAUGCUCUGAUGAUUGCUUGUUUUCUAGCACUAAGAAUAUGUUCUAAUUUGUUCUGUUUCACUUAUAUUCUUAUGCUCCAAACACACUAUUCAUGUCAGGAUAAUUGUAUUCUUCUUUAACCAGUUAGUUUCUGCUUUAUAUUCUCUGAUUGGGUAUCUGCAGUCAUCUUGGUCUCGAGAUGAGAUUUCUCCAGAUGUUAUAUGCUAGAAUGACAGGGUAUAGUAGCUCCUGCCAUUUUUCAAGGCUUCUUGAUUCCAUUAGUGCUUGUUGAUUCACUGGGUGUAGCUUUUCUUCAGUAUAUUUGGAGAUGAAUAGCAUCUUCUCUAGGCAGCAAUAUCAGAACCCCAAGUGGGCAAUUUCAUCUGCUCUUUUCAGUCAAGGCCAGAUGAUGUUCAUGGACUGUGUCUUGGGAACAUUCUUUAAAUUGGUAGAUGGUUAGGCCACUCUUCACACACUGUUCUUCAGACUUCAUUUCCCUAUCAUUCUUCAAAUGGGUUUAGAUUUUGGUAAUACGAGUUAAACCUCUGUGUUGUAUUGCUUGUGGGUUGUUAUGUUAAAGAUUUUUCAGUAUUCACAGUGCAUAGCCAAUUGUUCAGUCUAGACUUACUUCAAGCCUUUCUUCCAUUGGCUUGCUCGUUGUAUACACACAGUCUUGUUUUAUCAUGUAUACUCUGGACUUCUUAUUCUCUUCCAUUGGCAUGCUAAUUGCAUACAGUAUUGCCCUGCUUUAUCAUCUUGUGAAUAUUUAGGGAACUCUUUGCCUAUACCAUUCUCCUGAUUGAUAUCAUUAGACUCCGGUUUGGGUUGUAUUUAUGAUUACACUAGUUCAAAUUGGUGAUUAAGAUUGGGUGUUCACUUUUCUCUUUUAUAGACUUAUCUACUUGUAAGUUAUUGGAGAGACACCACCUCCUCUCUAUUCAAAGAAAGUAGCAUCCCAUAGACCUAUUAUAACUUCCUUAAUCUUUUCUGCUUGUGAGCCCAAAAUCAAAUUUAGUUGAGGUUUAUUAGCAUUUACUAAGCUGUAUUUAUGACCACCAUGUUUACAAUCAAUCUGUUGUUGUUGUUUGUAAGUCUCUCCAUUACUGGUGGUAGUGCUAUAACCUGUCCGAAGUGUGGCAAUACCUCAGUUCCCUAUCCCUUAAGUACUGGAGAUGGCUGUGGUGACCCUUACUAUAGAGUCUAUUGCAACAAGAACAAGCAGCUAGAAUUCAGGGCUCUGAGCAGCACAUACCCAAUACUGAGUGUGGAUGCUACCUCAAAUAGGUUGGUGAUACAGCCUGCACCUCUGCAGAACAAUUCAUGCACUUCACAAGAUUACAAGAGCCAAGGCAUCUUGUUAAACAAUAGCCUACCCUUCAAUAUCACCAAUAGCAAUACCAUCUUGCUUCUGAAUUGCUCUACAAGGCUUUUGUUAUCUCCCUUAAAUUGUACUCCUGCCAGUCUGUGUCAUCAGUAUGUUGAGCAAGUGGAGGAAACCAAAAUAUGCAGUAGUAGCAACCUGUGCUGUACAUUUUCUGCUGGGGCAUCACCCUCCUCUUACAGAAUACAUGUAUGGCACAGGGGCUGUAGAGCUUAUACCAGUAUUGUCAAUCUUAAUCCUUCUUUGCCAGCAAGAGAAUGGCGCCAGGGGGUGGAAAUACAGUGGGCUUCACCACCAGAGCCUGCUUGUCAGAAUUCUCAAGGAUGCGGUCCGAAUUCAAGGUGCCUAAGAGAUCCAAAAUUGGGCGGAAAGAGAUGCCUCUGUAAUCGGAAUUUUCAUUGGGAACCCAUGUCAGGAAUCUGCACAAAAAAUUUAUCAUCAUGUCAAAUUCGGGGAGUUUGUCGGCGAGGACUUCUAAUAGGAGGCCUGAUUUUAUCCAUAUGCGCAGCAGCGGGGGCAGCGGGGGCGCUAACAGUGAUAUACAGAAGAAAAAAGCAGGUCAGAGAUGGGAAAUCGAAACUGGCAAAGGAGAGAACAAGCAUCCUGUCGGCAAACAGCGGAGGAAAGGCCGCCAGGAUCUUCAGCAGCAAAGAAAUAAAGAAGGCCACAAACGGAUUCUCCAAAGACAGAUUGCUGGGGACAGGCGGCUUUGGGGAAGUAUACAAGGGAACCCUAGAAGACGGCACAACAGUUGCAGUGAAGGUGGCCAAGUUGGGCAACAGUAAAAGCACAGAGCAAGUAUUGAACGAGGUGAGGAUUCUGUCACAGGUGAACCACAAGAACCUGGUAAAGCUUCUGGGCUGCUGUGUGGAGGCAGAGCAACCCCUAAUGAUCUACGAAUACAUCCCCAAUGGAACCCUCUAUGACCGCCUCCAUAAACCCAAGCCUUCUAAUCAAUUAAACUGGCAAACCCGCCUGAACAUCGCCUCUCAGACAGCGCAGGGCCUCGCUUACCUUCAUUCCGCCGCUUAUACCCCCAUUUUUCACAGAGAUGUCAAAUCCACCAACAUUCUCCUUGAUGAAAACAUGAAUGCCAAAGUCUCAGAUUUUGGGUUGUCUCGCCUUGCAGAGCCAGAUUUGUCUCACAUUUCCACUUGUGCUCAGGGCACUCUGGGGUACUUGGAUCCAGAGUAUUACAGAAACUAUCAGCUCACUGAUAAGAGUGAUGUCUACAGUUUUGGCGUGGUGCUACUCGAACUCGUGACGUCGCAGAAGGCAAUUGAUUUUUCAAGAGGGGCAGAUGAUGUGAACCUGGCGGUCUAUGUGAUGGAGAGAUCAGAAGAAGGUAAGAUUGUGGAGAUUGUGGAUCCUGGGUUGCUUUCAGAUUCUUCUCCUUUGGUUGUGGAUACAGUCAAAGCCUUUGCUUGUUUGGCCUUGGGCUGCCUCCAGGAGAAGAGUCAGGAUAGACCCUCCAUGAAAGAAGUUGCAGAGGAGCUGCAGUAUAUUAUUGGUCUCAGUUCUAGUAGUAAUGAGGAUGCCCAUGUACCUGACAACAAGCAGGAGGACAAUGGUCUCAUUCUCCGCCUUAACUGGCCAUAUUGAGUCUUUUUUCUCAUGGGUUUCUGCUACUUGUUACCAGCGCCAUGAUAGAAAUCUUUUCCUUUCUCAGUUGAUAGAACUGUUCAGUGUUUGAUGUGUUGUGUGUAGGGUUAUGUUGUUUGGUUGGUUAAACUGUAAGAGUGAGCAGACUAGAUUUAGUUAGUGAAAUUUGAAAAGGUUAUUGUAAGUUAUGAAGACAUUAGUUGAAAUGAUGUCAGUUCUAUACAAACUUCAAGAGUGAAUGAAAUGUUGAGUGAAUGAAUGAAUGUUAUAUGUGCAGCAAAAUUCUUAAAGGCAAAUGGUUAAGAUUGGAAAAAUUCAAUAAUAAUAAAAAGAAUGUUGUUAAUAUAUUGACAAA